AUGAUUAUCAAACCGCACAUAGAUGUUCUUGCAUUUCCAGACAAUUAUCUUUUUGAGUGGUACCAUUUCACGUCACAGUCCAUCCUUUACAUACACAACCUAAUCCUUCCUGACAUUUCCAACAUUCCCAACCAAACUCAUGUUCUCACAUCCCAGCAGAUAUUGUGUGUUGCGCUGCAUUUUUUUUUUUUUGCAAAUGGGAGUUUUUUAUACAACGUCGGAGAUGCAGAGCACUUGAGCAGGGCAACUGUAUGCAGAGCGGUCAUCAUUUUCCCUGGACAUAAACCUGUCAGAGCCAUCAAGGAGUGAAUGGUGAAUGUUUCAGGAUUUCCCAGUGUGAUUGGCUGCAUAGAUGGCACACACAUCCCCACCACGGCUCCAUCACAUAAUGAAGCAGAUUAUGUGAACAGGAAGUCCAUUCACAGCAUAAAUGUGCAGAUCAUAUGUGAUGCUGCGUACAUAAUUUCCAACGUGGACGCCAGGUGGCCUGGGUCUGUUCAUGACUCAAGGAUUUAUUGGGAGUCUAACCUGAGCAACAGUCUAACCUGA